AUGGCCCAGCCACAUGAAAUAGUAAGCACAGUUCAGGUGCAGCUCAUGGAAUGGAAACUAGCUCAUGAGACGAGGGCGCCACCAUCGGAGCCAAAGAUCAUCCAGCGUUGGGAGCCUCCCGAAGAUGGAUGGGUAAAGAUCAACUCCGACGACGCGGUCUCGAGAUAUGGAGAUAAAGGUGGAGCACGAGCGGUCUUCAGGGAUCACAACGGGGCUUUCCGGGCUGGGCUUUGCCAGUUUUUACCAAAUAUUAUUGACCCGGAGAUGGCAGAGGUGCUUGCUUGCAGACGAGCAAUUCAGGUGGCGAUAGAUCUUCACGUUCAGCGAGCUCAUGUCGAACUGGACUGUCAGGCUGUGGUACAGAUGCUCAACAGGCCGAAAAGGAAUUUGUCCGCCGUAGGACCUUGGGUGCAGGAUAUAAAGAGGAUGCUCAAUACGCUGGAGGAUUCGAAGGUGUCGUGGGUUCGACGCUCUGGGAAUGUAGCCGUUCACAAGCUUGCUAGAGUAGGUGUAGGAGAUAAUCAUUCAGAGAUUUGGGUGGAUUCACCAUCAGACUUUAUUUUGGAUGUAAUUGCAGACGGGAUCCCUAGUUUCGUUUAA